UGUCUGUAUCCUAGCCAAUCAUCAUGUCCUCGUCAAAACUAAACAUUAAGAUCGCUAUUGAUCGCGGUGGCACAUUCACCGAUUGUCUGGGCAUUGUGGAAGGCCGCGAGGACGAUAUCGUCGUCAAGCUGCUUUCCCAAGACCCAGCCAACUAUGCAGAUGCUCCCAUCGAAGGCAUUCGUCGGAUCCUCGAGCAAGCCACAGGGAAAAGUUUCCCCCGAGACCAGAAGCUCACCACAUCAGAUUUCGGCAGUGUCAGUAUUCGCAUGGGAACGACAGUGGCUACAAAUGCCUUGCUGGAGCGAAAAGGAGAGCGUGUGGCGCUGCUGAUCACCAAGGGCUUCAAAGAUGCACUUCGCAUCGGGACCCAGUCGCGUCCUAAGCUCUUUGCCCUGAAUAUCCAACGACCCGAUGUCCUUUACGAGGACGUAGUCGAGGUAGACGAGCGGGUCACGAUCGAGGGAUAUCAACAAAAUCCCCUUCCAGAUAUAGAAGGCCUUGAGGCAGCGUUGGAGACAGACCCCUGCCUGAAAAGGGGAGUCAGUGGAGAGGUCAUUCGCGUUCUGGAGCCCUUAGACGAGGACAAGACGAGACAGAGCUUGCAGACACUCUACGACGAAGGAUAUCGCUCCAUCGCUGUCUGUCUCGUGCACUCGUAUACCUUCCAAGAGCAUGAAUUGGCGAUUGAGCGGAUUGCUAGCGAGAUCGGAUUCACGCAGAUCUCGCUCUCCAGCCAGCUUCUUCCCAUGAUCAAGAUGACCUCCCGAGGCGCCUCUGCAACGGCAGAUGCCUACUUGACUCCUGUCAUCCAGCGAUAUAUUCAAGGAUUCCGAUCGGGUUUUCAGGACGAGUUACGGUCGACAGACACACGCUGCGAGUUUAUGCAGAGUGACGGAGGAUUGGUGAAUUUCCAAAAAUUCACUGGAUUACGGGCAAUCUUGUCAGGCCCGGCAGGUGGUGUUGUUGGCUACGCAGGUACCUCCUUUGAUCCAGAAGACCGGAAACCAGUGAUCGGUUUCGACAUGGGAGGCACCAGCACAGAUGUCUCGCGGUACGACGGCAAGCUGGAGCAUACCUUCGAGAACACCAUUUCAGGAGUGACCGUGAUGGCUCCGCAGCUGGAUAUCAAUACAGUCGCGGCUGGAGGCGGCAGCAUUUUAUUCUGGCGUCAUGGACUCUUUGUUGUAGGACCCGAAUCUGCAGGCGCACAUCCCGGUCCAGCUUGCUACCGCAAAGGAGGUCCAUUGACAGUGACUGAUGCCAACCUGUUCCUCGGCCGUCUGCUGCCUGGGUAUUUCCCCAAAAUCUUUGGCCCUAACGAGAAUGAGCCGCUCGAUAUUGAGGUCACUCGUCGGAAGUUCACCGAACUGGCAGACCAAAUCAAUGCAGAGACGGGACAUCAGAAGACGCCAGAGGAGAUUGCUCUAGGCUUCAUCCAGGUCGCAAACGAAUCCAUGGCGAAGCCCAUCCGAGCCCUGACCGAGGCUCGUGGCUACGACACAUCUGCCCACAAUCUGGCCUGCUUUGGUGGAGCGGGCGGGCAGCAUGCCUGUGCCAUUGCGUCGUCGCUGUCAAUCAAGACCGUCAUUAUCCACCGCUAUUCAUCGAUUCUAUCCGCGUACGGUAUGGCUCUCGCCGAUGUGGUGCAUGAAUCCCAGGAGCCUGCGUCCGGAGUUCUUACUGCAACUGCGAUGGAAUCAAUUCACGACCGUAUCACGGCCCUCAAGGCAAAGGUCACCGAGGCCUUGACUACCGACGGAAUCGAGGAGGCUCGCAUCCAGUAUGAGGUCUACCUCAACCUCCGGUACCAGGGCACCGACAACACACUCAUGGUGCUCAGACCGGAGGCCGGAGAUUUCGAGGCGGCAUUCAUCCAGGAACAUCAACGCGAGUUUUCCUUUACGUUCCCAGGCCGUAACAUCCUGGUCGAGGAUAUCCGGGUGCGUGGAGUGGGCAAAGCCAUCUCCGUUCCCCCAGAAGCGCCCCAGCCUGAGCUCCGGUCCCUAACAACCUCUAUCGUGGGCACGGAGAAGCAGAAUGAUGCUACAGACGUGUACUUCGCUGGUGUUGGACGUGUCCCCACGCCAGUGUUCUUCCUGGACCACCUGCAACCGGGCAGCUUCAUCCAAGGACCGGCCAUGAUCAUCGACAAGACACAGACCAUUGUCGUUGAGCCGAAUGCAACGGCUACCAUCCUGUCUCGCCAUGUGAUACUCAACGUCCAAUCGGUCAAGAAGCAGGAUGACAAUGCCACGGUGGUCGAUCCCAUCAAGCUGUCUAUUUUCGGGCAUCGGUUCAUGUCGGUUGCCGACCAGAUGAGCCGGAUGUUCCAGAAGACCUCUGUCUCGACUAAUAUCAAGGAGCGGUUGGAUUUCUCUUGCGCAGUGUUUUCACCUGACGGAAAGCUUGUUGCGAAUGCACCUAAUGUUCCUGUGCAUCUGGGAAGUAUGGAGUACGCUGUCCGGUAUCAGCACAAACAAUAUGGCAGCGACUUGAAACCAGGAGAUCAUAUCCUGACCAACCAUCCUCUUGCUGGAGGAACGCAUCUUCCAGACAUUACUAUUAUCACUCCAGUCUGGGAUCAGCAAGGCAGCAAAAUCAUCUUCUAUGUUGCCUCCCGAGGCCACCAUGCGGAAAUCGGAGGAAUUGCUCCAGGAUCUAUGCCCUCAGACAGCAAGAUGCUAUACGAGGAAGGCGCCAUGACAAUGGGAUUCAAAGUGGUAUCGCAAGGCCGAUUCGACGAGGAAAUGGUCCGAAAGUUCCUGUAUGACGAGCCAGCCUCAUACCCUGGCUGCAGCGGCACUCGCACAUACAAAGACAACGUCUCCGACCUGAAAGCAGCUAUCGCAGCCAACCAGAAGGGCGCACAGUUGCUAGAAGGUCUUGUCCGAGAAAACACGCUCGAAGUAGUCCAUUUCUACAUGGACGCGAUCAAAAAGAACGCCGAAACCGCGGUGCGCGAGUUGCUCAAAAGCAUUGGCAAACGGGCACCCGGCCAGCCCCUUCGCUUUUCCGAUUUCAUGGACGACGGUACAGAGAUCCGUCUAGAGAUUCGCAUCAACGCCGAGACCGGGUCAGCCGAGUUCGAUUUCACCGGCACCGGACGCGAGACCUUCAACUGCCUCAACGCCCCCAAAGCGAUCGCCCAUUCAGCCAUCAUCUACAGCCUGCGCGCCCUAAUCGACGUCGACAUCCCCCUAAACCAAGGCUGUCUAGCCCCCAUCAACGUUAUCAUCCCCUCAGGCACCCUCAUCAACCCAUCCGGUUACGCCGCCGUCUGCGCCGGAAACCCCAUCACAUCACAACGCAUCACGGAUGUCGUCCUAGGGGCAUUCCAAGCCUGCGCAGCCUCACAGGGAUGCUGCAACAUCAUCUCAUUCGGCAUGGGCGGGCUCGACGAGCACGGCAACGAUAUUCCCGGUUUCGGGGUCGGCGAGACCAUCUGCGGUGGCUCCGGCGCCGGAGCAACCUGGCAUGGGACGUCUGGAGUCCAUGUCCACAUGACCAAUACUCGGAUCACCGAUGCCGAAGUGUAUGAGCUGCGGUAUCCGGUUAUCCUGCGGCAGUUCUCCAUCCGCAAGGGAUCCGGCGGUAAGGGGCUGUACCGUGGUGGAGACGGGGUGAUUCGGGAGCUGGAGUUCCGUAUCCCCUUGUCGGCGUCGAUGCUGAGUGAGCGUCGGGUUUAUCGGCCGUAUGGACUCGCGGGUGGCGAACCUGGUCAGGCGGGUUUGAAUCUAUAUGUCAAGAAGGAGUGGGAUGGGACUGAACGGGUGAUUAAUAUUGGGGGGAAGAUGGAGUUGAAGGUGCAGCCGGGGGAGCGGAUUAUUAUUCAUACACCUGGUGGAGGAGGCUGGGGAACGCCAUCGGAAGAAGACUCUCUGCCCAUUAACAGUGGUAAUAACCUGGAGUUGAACCGGGUGGUUUUUGAACCGCGGGGGAGCCUUCACAACUUCAGUGCUACUGCUGAAGCAGCAUUAUAAGUAAUCGGUCUUGGUGGAGGACGUGUUGUAGCUUUACAAUUGAAGAUAAGAUGAGACACGAGCUGAAAUGAAGACAAGUUCGAAUGGUUCUGGCGGUGGAAUCGGAAAUCAUGUGAUAAUAUAUUGUUUGGUCACGAUCUAGUGGUAUAGAAACACCAACAUCUUAAG